UGCCCUUUAAGCGGCGGGACUUCUGGUCAACGUCUUCCGCGGCCGCCGGAAGGGGAAGUUUCGCUGCCGAACGCUCCCUCGCUCGUCCGAAUUCGGUGGCGCCACGUCCGCCGAUCUCCGCCUUCUUAUCGGCGGCUCGGGCGGCUUCCGCCUCGACACCUUCCACUCGCUGAACGGGCCGUGUCGUGAGGGGCCAGGGACUGGGAGUCGGCGGCUGUGCGCAUCCUGGCCACCUAAAAGGUGAAGAUGUCGGACAUCGGGGACUGGUUCAGAAGCAUCCCGGCCAUCACUCGCUACUGGUUCGCCGCCACUGUCGCGGUGCCCUUGGUCGGCAAACUCGGUCUCAUCAGCCCGGCCUACUUCUUCCUCUGGCCUGAAGCCUUCCUCUAUCGCUUCCAGAUUUGGAGGCCAAUCACUGCCACCUUUUAUUUCCCUGUGGGUCCAGGAACUGGAUUUCUUUAUUUGGUCAAUUUAUAUUUCUUAUAUCAGUAUUCUACACGUCUUGAAACAGGAGCUUUUGAUGGGAGGCCUGCAGACUAUUUAUUCAUGCUCCUUUUUAACUGGAUUUGCAUCGUGAUUACUGGCUUAGCAAUGGACAUGCAGUUGCUGAUGAUUCCUCUGAUCAUGUCCGUACUUUAUGUCUGGGCCCAGCUGAACAGAGACAUGAUUGUAUCAUUUUGGUUUGGAACACGAUUUAAGGCCUGUUAUUUACCUUGGGUGAUCCUUGGAUUCAACUAUAUCAUCGGAGGCUCGGUGAUCAAUGAGCUAAUUGGAAAUCUUGUCGGACAUCUUUAUUUCUUCCUAAUGUUCAGAUACCCGAUGGACUUGGGAGGAAGGAAUUUCCUGUCUACACCUCAGUUUCUGUACCGCUGGCUGCCCAGCAGGAGAGGAGGGGUGUCAGGAUUCGGUGUGCCCCCCGCCAGCAUGAGGCGGGCUGCUGAUCAGAAUGGCGGAGGUGGGAGACACAACUGGGGACAGGGCUUUCGGCUUGGAGACCAGUGAAGGAGCGGCCUCUGGCCUGCCCACCAGCCACUCUGCUCAGAUGAAGUCUCCUUCCAGUGCUGGGCGUGCUUAACCACCGAGUUCUAGCAAACGCUGUUGGACCUGACCCACACUGAAUGUAGUCUUUCAGUACAAGACACAAUUUUUUAAGACCUGAAGAAAAAUAUAAGUGUUCCUCAAGUUUCGUGAUUCUCAUUCAAGUCCUUACUGCUACGAAGAACAAAUAUCAACUGUGCAAAUUUCAGAACUGACUCUCUUUUUUGGUGUCUUCUCUUCCUUUUCUGUCUCAGUAACGGGUUUUGGCAGGUCCUGGUCUGCUGGCACCAAACUGGGAAUCUGGGGUUGGGUCACUAAACCCUUGGCAAAGGGACUCUUACCUCUUUCUUGCACACCUGCCUCCCUCCUUCUUUUUCCAACCCCACGUUUGCAGCUGGGGGAGGUUGCCCCUGAGAUGGUUCUGCCUUUGACAAGCUCUCUUAUUUAUUGACUUUUGCCAAGGCUUGGGCUCAAAGAACUUGUCCACCAUUUUCUCCCCUUGGUGGCAGAACUAUAACAAUAGGGGAAAAGACUGGACCAGCGGUUGGAGAGCUUUCUCUUUUGGAAUUGCUGGGACCCGAUGUCAGUUGUGACCAUUUGCCACUGCUACAGAUGUUUUUUAUUAAAAAAAAACCAGCACCACUGAGGCCGUGAGGACACAGAUUGGUGUUAAGGAGGCAUAGGUUGUUGCUAGGCGUUUUCUUCCUUAAGCGAGGGGAUCACAACUUCAGUGGAGCUGCGUCUUGCACGGGGCCUAGGUGCAAACUGUGCGAGGGGUAGUCCCUUUGCAUCUCAUGUAGGGCAUGCUGGCUUUGCGUGUCCCCGGAGUAGUGGGGUGUGUUGUGCUAGGAAAUUCCAAAUCACACGUGCCCCGGGGAGUCGCUCUCUUUGAGAGGCACCUGGGCAUCGGUUCCAUUUCAUUCUCAUUCUGGAUAUAUGUUUAUUGAAUAGUGUGGAGUGAGAACCUUAUACCCUAUUUAAAUUGUCUUUUUUUUUUUUUUUUGCCUCUCCCGCCACCUUGAAUGGCACAUGCUUCAGUUAAUGGUGAGGACACAGUUCCUCUGUACAUAGGUCAUAUUAUAAGAGCUAAUCUAAGCACAUCUAAGUGAAUCACAUAAUUUUGGGUUGUAAUGGCUUUAGAAUCACUUGUGUUUGAGGGUCUUUAUUUUGAGCCAUGAAUGUAGAAGUCAUGAAUGUACAUCAUCCCAGCUUAAAUACCCACAACUUUUUUUUUCCCCCGUAGGGGCUUUUUCCAUCAGAGCUAGGCUUAUCCCCCAAUAAAGUUUUUUGAAGGCUA